AUGUAUCGGUUCCUGUUAACAUUUCUCUUCGUGCGAGAGGCUUUCUCAUCAUCAUGCGAUGCCGAGCCCUUAGUUCUUCCGCUACAAGACGUCCAAGUCCUUUCAGAUAUCCCCAACUCAUUCAUGAAAGGAAUCCCAGCCAAAAUAGGAACACCGUCUCAAAACCUCGUUCUUUUACCAUGGGCAGACAGUGAUUUGAACAACACAUGGAUAUACGCCGACCCAUUCUGCAAAGACUCAGGCAUUCCAAACGACGAAUCAUGCGAAACCCGAAGAGGAGGAAUAUUCAACGAAGAAAAGUCGACGAGUUUCAAAGGAGCAAGGGAUAUCGUCAAAGCAGGCGGUGCACCAGACGAGACAUUCUUCAAAGGGGGGCAAUAUGGCGUUCGUAAUCUCGUCAAAAGCGCAAACGGCGCAGUUGACACUUUCAACCUUGAAGGUUCAGCUGAUCUCGACGACUUUCCCUUUGGUAUACCUACAAGUAAAUGGGAUGAUACAUACAGCACUCUAAGUCCCCUUGGCCUGGGCAGAAAUUCAACGUAUCUCAAUGCUCUACGUGAAGCUGGGAAGAUUGGUUCGCGAGUAUGGUCUAUCUUCUGGGGCCGUAUGUGGAUCAAAGAACCUCUGGACGGCUCUUUGGUACUGGGUGGCUAUGAUGAGAAGAAAGUUUCUGGGAACAAUUACACUGCGCCUCUUGUGUAUGGGGAUUUCGAUGGUUCGGAUGGGUGCUGGACUGGUAUGAAGGUGACUUUGACUGAUAUCCAGAUCAACUAUCUCGGUGGAACGAAUGUCAGCAUCUUUCCCAAGGGGACGACGCUACAGUGUUGUAUCGAUCCGGCGAACCACUUGCUUCUUGAAGCGCCGACGCCGUAUGUACGAAAUUUUGAGUCUAUCAGUGGUUUGAAGACGAAUUACUCGUCUAGCGGACUUCACUGGAACGCACUUCAGACAGGUCUGGACAAGCAAUUCUUGGCAGACUUGACCUUCCAUUUCGACUCCGGUCUCAAGAUCCGCGUCCCGAAUAACCAAUACAUGAUUCCCACCGUUGACAUCGCCUCCAACGGCUCACGAACUACUGAUACAUCCAAACGCGACAUUCUUAUAACAGACGUUGAAGACGAACCGCCGAUCCUCGGGCGAUAUUUCCUCACAGCAACGUAUCUCAUGGUCAAUCAUGAUGCUGGGACUUUCACGCUCUGGCAAGCGAAUGCCACUCGCGAAAGAAGCCUGGUGAGAGUAUUUGACGAAGAGACGGGGAAGAAGUGCGAGAAUACUACGGGCGUCAUACAGCCUUCCGCAUCUUACACGGGCUCUACAUCCGAGGGUUCAAGACCAGAUGGAGGGAGUGGUUCGAAUUCGGGUUCACCCUCUGGUGCGGUCAUUGGUGGCGCCGUUGUAGGGUCUGUAGCUGGAGCGGUGCUGAUAGGGCUGGGAAUCACUUACUUUCUGAUCCGGAGGAAACAAAAAUCUGACACAUACUACUUUUACCCUGCGCACGAGGAGUUGCAAAGAGCGGAUAUAUACGAGAUAGAUGGAAAUCCAAGAGCCGACGACGAGUCCUACAUGAAAGCUGGAAUACGAUAG